AUGUCUGAUUUUUUGACGAAGGUUGUGAAGUGUUUAGACCAAAUCAAAGCUCAAGGCCUUUCUAAUCUUGAAUAUGAUGGAAAGAAGCUCAAAUGGAGAAAUGAUAGAUUUGCGGAACUAAAAAAAAUUGUCGAAGAUAGUCUUGGUAUUAAAGGCAAAUGGUCGUCGCCCGGUGGCGGUAAUAAAAGAUUCAAGGAAGAAAAUGGCCAACUUAUACUAAACUGGUAUUUUAAGAAGCAAUGUACCUUGUUAUUUCAAGGUACGGAGGGAGGCGGCUUAAAGAAUAAACUGAUAUAUCUACUUGCCAAAGCAAAACCGCAAUCUUUUGUCGAGCAAGAAGGAAACACACCCGGUAAUGGCGGGUUUCCAGAUGAAGCCGACAGCAUCCUCGCUGUUAUACUGUGGACAGCGAACAGCAACCAUUUACUAGUUUAUCUCCUACUAGCGAAAACCCAAACGUAUCUACCGACAACUGUCUUUGUAGAUGUAAAUCAAUGGCAAUCGAAAUUGAAGGAUAAAACUGGACAUAGUCAUCCUACAAAGCGGCCAAAUGUCGAGCGAAAGCACAAAGACGAAAUGUACGAACGAAGAAAUAAGCAAGCCACAAAUUGA